AUGCAAAUUUCAAAGAUGGCGGCGGAGGGAGGAGGGAAGGAGAUGAACGAAAUUAAAACUCAGUUCACCACCCGGGAAGGCGCCUACAAACUCCUCACUCACUCCGAAUAUAGCCGCCCCAACAGGGUGCCUUUUAAUUCACAAGGUUCUAACCCCGUCAAAGUCUCUUUCGUCAACGUCAACGAUCAGUCUGGCAACGGCGACAGAAUCUGUUUCAAUGUGGGCCGGGAGCUCUACUUCUAUAUCUACAAAGGCGUCAGAAAGGCUGCCGACCUUAGCAAGCCGAUCGACAAGCGCAUCUACAAGGGCACGCAGCCCACGUGCCAUGACUUCAACCACCUGACGGCCACGGCCGAGAGCGUCUCGCUCCUAGUCGGCUUCUCCGCUGGCCAGGUGCAGCUCAUAGACCCCAUCAAGAAGGAGACCAGCAAGCUCUUCAAUGAAGAAAGACUAAUAGACAAGUCGCGGGUGACGUGCGUGAAGUGGGUGCCGGGCUCGGAGAGCCUGUUCCUGGUGGCGCACUCGAGCGGCAGCAUGUACCUGUACAACGUGGAGCACACCUGCGGCACGGCGGCGCCCCACUACCAGCUGCUGAAGCAGGGCGAGAACUACGCCGUGCACACCUGCAAGAGCAAGCAGGCGCGCAACCCGCUGCUGCGCUGGACGGUGGGCGAGGGGGCGCUCAACGAGUUUGCCUUCUCACCCGACGGCAAGCACCUGGCCUGCGUCAGCCAGGACGGCUUCCUGCGCGUCUUCAACUUCGACGCCGUGGAGCUGCACGGCACCAUGAAGAGCUACUUCGGCGGCCUGCUGUGCGUCUGCUGGUCGCCCGACGGCAAGUACAUCGUGGCGGGCGGCGAGGACGACCUGGUGACCGUCUGGUCCUUCCUGGACUGCCGGGUCAUCGCCCGGGGACACGGCCACAAGUCCUGGGUGAGCGUGGUGGCCUUCGACCACUGCACCACCAGCGUGGAGGAGAGCGAGCCGCUGGAGUUCAGCGGCAGCGACGAGGACUUUCAGGAGCAGCCGCCUCCUCCGCCUCCCCAGCCGCCACCUCCCCCCGCCCAAAACACCUCCUCCUCCACCUCCUCCUCCUCGGCCCCCGGCGGGGGAGGCGCAGCGGGCUCUGGGUCGACCUCGUCGCAGCAGCAGCAGUACGGUCGUGACCGGGCCAACAGCACGCAGUCGCGCCUCUCCAAGCGCAACUCCACCGACAGUCGGCCGGUGAGCGUGACGUACCGCUUCGGCUCGGUGGGCCAGGACACUCAGCUGUGCCUGUGGGACCUCACCGAGGACAUCCUCUUCCCCCACCUGCCGCUCUCGCGGACGCGGACGCACACCAACGUCAUGAACGCCACCAGCCCCCCCGGAGGAGGAGGAGCAGGGGGAGUGGGGACGACGGGGGGUGGGUCGGGGUCAGGGGCGGCUGCCGGGGGCAGUAGCAGCACCACGGGGGGCUCCAUGUCCACUACUACCACCACCACCACUGGGGGCUCGUCGUCAACCGUGACGACGGGAGCCAACAGCAGCAGCAACCCCAGCACCAACGGCAACAACAGCGGCGCCAACACGCCCAACGCGCCCAACUCCCUGCCCGCCACGCUGCCGCGCUCCAACAGCCUCCCGCACGGCGCCGCCGCGGCAGGAAGCGGAAACAGCAGCAGCGGCGGAACGGGAACAGGAACCGGAACCGGCGGCAGCAGCAGUACAGGAAGCGGCGGCACCACGGGAGGAAGCAGCGGCGGCGGCAAAUCCAGCCUGAUAGAUGGAGGCACCAGCCUGGCGGCGGGCAUGGUGGGCAAGUUCGCCACGCUGUCGCUGCACGACCGCAACAAGGACCGGCAUGGGCACCAGCACCACCACCACAGCAGCAGCGGCGGCGGGCACCACGAGAAGGACCACAAGCGCAACCACAGCAUGGGCCACAUCAGCAGCAAGAGCAGCGACAAGCUCAACCUGCUGGCCAAGCAGAGCAAAACGGACCCGGCCAAGACGCUGGGCACGCUGCUGUGCCCGCGCAUGGAGGACGUCCCCCUGCUGGAGCCGCUCAUCUGCAAGAAGAUCGCGCACGAGAGACUCACCGUGCUCAUCUUCCUCGAGGACUGUUUUGUCACCGCCUGCCAGGAGGGAUUUAUUUGCACAUGGGCGAGGCCCGGCAAAGUGGGUUUAUUGUCAUCCCAAAACCAAGCCAACUCACCCAGUGGGACUGUAGUAUAGCCACAAUAUUUCUGCUGCUAAGAAUCCUGCAUCACAGAUGUUGAGUCACACAGAGGUGGAUGCUGCUCCUCACCCUCAAAAGCAUUGCAAGUUUUUUUCCCCCCUUUAUUUUGUUUCUUUUUUCUUUUCUUUUCCCCUUUACUCCGUUUCUUUUCCUUCCCAAUCUCCACUCCCUGCUGAGAUCUUUAUAUUUUUGGUUGUCACACAUGCUGCCCCAGAGUUUAGAUGGUGGAUGUGCUUAAAUGCAGACACAAGAGAAAAGAAGGAAAAAAGGGUGUGGUGCAAUUUUUUUGGAUUUUUUUUUUUUUUUUUGGAAAGUGGCAGGUGUAUUCCCAGAGUUUUUAAGAGUUGUAUUUAUUUUAUUUUUAUUACCCUUUUUUUGCUAACAGACAUCUGCUUGACUUCAGUUUUUUGCCCCCACUUUUGCCCUCCUUCUCAACUUUCCCCUCUCCCCCACUCCCAAUCAUGCUCUUCUGCUCGGCUUCUGUUCGGAUCAUGGUUGACUAAGUGAGCCGUACGACUGACGAAUCAAUCAGUGGUAAGAAUCCGACCGGCCCAUGAUGUUCUCAAAUACAGAGGGGUGGGAGGCACGAGAGCGAGAACUUUGCCGCCCUCCAAAUUCCUCCUCUCCUCAUCCCGUCCCCCCCUCUUCCUCAUCCUCCUCCUCCUCCUCCUCCUCUUAAUUCCUUUUUCUUUCCUCAUUGAGAACUUUGCACUGAUUUUUUUUUUGUCUUUUUUGUUUUGUUUUGUAAUAACUACUAUAAAGGAUUUAAAGAAAUGGAAAGGUUCUGAGGAUGGCCUCCACGCACUUGGCUUUGUGAUCCUCUGUCUUGAAAUUUGAAAUCUGAAAAAGCUGGAUGCUGCAAUCAUAGUUUUUUAAAACGAGAAAAAAAAUUGUUUGCACUUAAUAGUUUAUUAGAAGAGAAUGGCUUUACAUUUUUGUGUGUGCGCGCAAGGACUCACAGACAGAAAUAAGGAGGAGAAUUAUGAACUGAUAACUUUGUAUCUAUUGAGCAUUUAUUUUAAUAUUGUUUCAGAUCAAAAUCUGCUCUGUAUAAUAUUGUACAAUAUUGUAAUUCAGUGAUUUGAUGGGGCGAACAGCGAACCCGAUCAGUGCUCUAGUGGACAUUUUUGUCAUCAUUAAAGGAAAUAGUGAUCUUUCUUAAGCAGAAAACUAUACAUAUUAAUAAUAUUAAAAUAAUCUUAAAUAUGCAGGUUUCUGUUUUUUUCUUUAUUUUCUCUUGUACAGAUAUUCAUCCAGAGGUAUUUUGGUAUAGGAGAUUUUUUGUGUUCAAUGCUCUCAUCUACGAGCUGAAGCGCUUACCUAUUGUUAACAGAUUCACGAAAGAAUGAGAGAACGUAAGAAAGAAGAGAAAUAACGUAGUACAGCAGGGGCUGUUCAGGCUCUAAUAUUAUAUGAAGCUCAGGAAGUCUCCGAAAAGACUAAAGAUACAAACAAAAAAGCUAAAAAAUUAUGGCUAGUUCAUAUUUUGCCUACCAACAGCAAUGCUAUUACUCAAUGUAACGCUAAGUAACACCCAACUAGGAACAACUAGAUUUGAAGUUGAACAGUAGGACCCUUAUCUGUGUCAGACACUUCAAUGUUUUUUACUGUAUCUUCUUUUGUGACUACCAAUCAUUGUUGAUGAAGCCUACGUUGACUCCACGCUAACUGGGGAAUGGAGGAAGACACUGACAUGGUCAUACCCUUGGUUUUUUCAAUGUGGUUGACAUUUUACAUCUCACCUUUUGUUCUGUAUUAAAACGAGAACGUAUAUGAAUGUGUGGCCUCCUCCUUGGGUUACUGCCAGACGACUUCCAUCUUCCAAGUUCUCUCAAGUGGUCUGUGUGUUUUUAUUUUAGUUUGUUUGUUUUUAUUUUGCUCUCCCCUGUUUUAUGUCACCAAUUUUCAUGGUGUGGAGAGACACAUUUCUGUCACUCUUGUCUUGUCCUGGGAAUAAAGAAUUCAUAUAGUUGAUUUCUAACUGGAACCGAA